AUAAUAUGGUGGAUAUAAAUAUAUCCAUCUCAGACAUGCUCUGAAACUGCUGUGUUCUUGCCUCCUCCUCCUCCAUUUGGUCCUUUGCUGGUUGGCUUGUUUGGGUUUUUUUCAUCGGUAACAUAUAUUCUCAUAUAUAGCUGAUACCUCUACCUUCUUAUUCAGAAAGCUAUGCCAUUCAAUGUGAUGUUCCUCAUCAAUCACUCCAUUUCAGCUCUCCUUGCUCCUCUUUAAAGGGUUCUCUUCUUUUCUGGGUUUUGCUUUCGGCAUUGAGCUCACUUCACUUGUCCGCCUCAUAAUUCAAAAUUCAUUUGCAUAUAGUGCUGAAGCUGAAGCUGCUACCAUCUGCAGAGAGGGAGGAGGUUUGAGAUUGUGGAAGCAGUGAAUAACGCAUGUGAUGUCAACAAGGACGUGAAGUGAAGAGAUGGCUUGUAAUCUUCAAUCAGAAAUGCAGGAACCCAGUAUCGAUACCGAUAAACUUAGCUACGAAAUCUUCUCAAUUCUCGAAAGUAAGUUUCUCUUUGGCUACGAUGACCAGAAGCUCUGGAUCCCCAAACAGAUCGAGACCAAGUCCGAGGUUUCUACUCCACCUCCCCCCGACAAUGGCGUCUCCGCUAUCAAGAAUCAGAGGGGCAAAAUCUGCAUACUCUCCAUCGACGGUGGUGGAAUGCGAGGGAUAUUAUCCGGAAGAGCCCUCGCUUAUCUCGAACAAGCCCUUAAAACGAAAUCAGGGAAUCCUCAAGCUAGAAUCGCCGACUAUUUCGACGUCGCGGCCGGUGCCGGUGUCGGAGGGAUUUUCACCGCCAUGCUCUUUGGGACAAAGGACAAUAGCCGCCCGAUUUUCCAAGCGGAGGACACGUGGAAGUUCCUGGCGGAGCAGGGGAAGAGAUGCUAUCGUUCUUCGUCCGGUUCCAGCUCCGGCGGCGGCAGUUUCCUCCGGCGGAUUCUCCGAGGUGGCUCCAGCGGCUCGGCGGCGUCCGGACUAGAGAAAGCCAUGAAGGAAGCGUUCGCGGAGAACGGCCGAAGUUUGACGCUGAAAGACACGUUGAAGCCGGUGUUGAUACCGUGCUACGACCUCUCCAGCUCGGCGCCGUUCCUGUUCUCCAGAGCCGACGCUCUCGAAACAGACAGCUUCGACUUCCGCCUCUGGGAGGUGUGCCGAGCCACGUCGGCCGAGCCAUCCAUAUUCGAACCGGUCUCGAUGCGGUCUGUCGACGGCCAAACCCGGUGCGUGGCGAUUGACGGUGGUUUGGCCAUGAGCAACCCUACCGCAGCGGCAAUCACGCACGUGCUACACAACAAACAGGAGUUUCCAUUCGUGCGAGGGGUGGAGGACCUUUUGGUACUUUCACUAGGAACAGGUCAGCUUCUGGAAGGAAGCUACGAUUACGAUCAAGUGAAGAACUGGAAAGCUAAGGACUGGGCUCGACCCAUGGCUCGAAUCUCCGGCGACGGUGCCGCCGAUAUGGUGGACCACUCGGUGGCGAUGGCGUUUGGGCAGAGUCGGAGCAGUAACUACGUCCGUAUUCAGGCAAAUGGGUCCACCUUGGGUCGUUGUGGGGCAAAUAUGGACACAGAUCCUAGUCCUAGCAAUGUAAAGAUGCUAAAUGGAAUAGCUGAGGAAAUGCUGAAGCAAAAGAAUGUUGAAUCAGUGCUCUUUGGAGGUAAAAGGAUAGGAGAGCAGAGCAAUUUCGAGAAACUCGACUGGUUUGCUGGUGAGCUUGUGCUGGAGCAUCAGAGGAGGAGUUGCCGAAUAGCUCCCACUGUUGCAUUUAAGCAAGCUACCCCCAAAUCCACCUAGGCCAACAGUAGCCUGAAGAAAAAGGGGGAGGCAGAACAAUAAAUUCAAAAAAAAAAAAAAAAAAGAAAAAGGAAAAGAGAAGAAAAGUAAUAUAGCAGCUUUUACUUUUGAAAGAGAAGAUAGUAAAAGAAGAGGAGGAGGGUCAGGGAAUUGAGUGAAAAGGACUAGUAGUGUAAAAAGGGUGGAAGAUCUUUGUGGGAUUCUUUGCCCGCCACAGGACAGGCAUGUGGUGUCCACUCCAAUUCUCUACUAUGUCAAGAAACCAUUAGAGAAAAGCAAAUUGAGUUUGAAGGCAUUGAGCUUUGAGCUUUGUCCUGUGGGGGGUCAAACAAUAUGAAUUCGAUUGGAACCUUUUAAUUUGAAAGAAGUGGCUGUGGGGAAGAACUGUUCCUGAUUUCCUCGGCUCCGCCUUUAUUUACUUUUGGUUUCAGCCUCUUUCUUCCUUAAUCAGCCUCAGCAAACUUGAAUUUGGGUGGUGGGCCUACCUUGUGAAGCAUCCCCAUAAAUAUAGCCAAAGUUGAAUGUCUGACCUUUGGUAUUCUUUUUUAUUUUUAUUUUAUUUCUUCAAUAUAGAUGUGCUGGUGAAGAGAUUUGAGGGUGGGUAUCUUUUUUAAUCAACCGACCACAGCUCCUCCUAGAAAUGGGAUUGAUGGAUGAGCCAACAUGAAGAGUCUGGGUGGGACCCUUUUCCAAGAAAAGACCAAUUUCAUUUUUGUUUUUUAAAUCUUUAGUACACAGGGUUUGGGGUCCCUGGGGGUCCUCAAAUUCCAAGUGUUCUCUUUAGAAAAUGUUGAUGAUCUCAUGAUUGUUUGGGGGGCAAAGAAAAUUUCAGUCUUUCCCUUUCCUUUUGUAAACUUGUGUAUGUUAAAAAAGGAGUAAUGGUGGGUGGUGGUUGAUGUUUGUGUUUUU